CGGCUGAUGGGUUCCUCCGCGACGGGGGUGAGAGGAUGGCGACCUCGUCGAUGCCGGAGUCGGAGAGCGACACAGCAGCCAGAGGCUCAGAGUGAAAGCCUCAUACCGUGCACUUCGCUGUCAGUCGGUCCCCAGAACCGAUGGAGGAGAACGAGGUGGAGAGCAGUAGCGACGCGGCCCCUCGGCCUGGCCAGCCAGAGGAGCCUUCUGAGAGUGGCCUGGGUGUGGGAACCUCGGAAGCUGUGUCCGCGGACAGCAGCGACGCUGCAACCACCCCAGGAUUAACGGAGGCCGACGACUCUGGCGUGGGGCAGAGCUCAGACAGUGGCAGCCGCUCUGUGGAGGAGGCAUCCGAGAGCAUUUCAACAGACCCCUUGCCUCAUGGCUACCUCCCUGACUCAUCUUCUGUGUCCCGGGGACCAGUGGCAGAGGUGCCUGGUGGUCCCCCAGCCCUGGUGCACUCCAGUGUUCUCCCAGACCCCAGCAUGCUGGUGUCUGACUGCACAGCUUCCUCUUCAGACCUAGGCUCUGCCAUUGAGAAGAUCAUUGAAUCUACCAUUGGUCCGGACCUCAUCCAGAGCUGCAUCACUGUGACCAGUGGUGAGGAAGGAGGAGCUGAGACCACACAGUACCUGAUCCUGCAGGGCCCAGAUGAUGGUGCUCCCAUGGCGUCAUCAAUGUCUGCGUCCGCCUUGGCCAACAGUCUGGUGGCCAUUGAAGCCCUGGCUGACGGUCCCACAUCCACAUCUGCAUGCCUCGAGCCUCCUGAGGAGCUCCAGGGAGAGCCCAGCUCUGUGGCCCAGCGACCCCCUGCACCUGUUCCUGAGGAGCUGGACCUGCAGAGCCUGGAGGCCAUGAUGGAGGUGGUGGUUGUUCAGCAGUUCAAGUGCAAGAUGUGCCAGUACCGCAGCAGCACCAAGGCCACCCUGCUUCGCCACAUGCGGGAGCGGCACCUCCGCCCAGCACUAGCAGCACCACCAGCAACAGCAGCAACUGGUAAAAGGGGCCGUGUACGGAAGUGGGGCGCUUCCACCAAGAUCACAGAGGAGGAAGGGCCAGAGGAGGAGGAGGAAGAGGAAGAUGACAUUGUGGAUGCCGGAGCAAUUGACGAUCUGGAGGAGGACAGUGACUACAAUCCUGCUGAAGAUGAGCCCCGGGGCCGGCAGCUAAGGCUCCAGCGUCCCACACCCAGCACCCCAAGACCCCGGCGGAGGCCUGGCCGGCCCCGAAAGCUGCCUCGCCUAGAGACUUCAGACCUCCAUGAUGGCAUAGGAGAGCCUCUAGUGAGUUCCCAGAGCACACAGAGCCCUCCAGAGCUGCAGGAUCUUGAGACUCCCAGUUCCUCGGACCUGAGGGCCCUGGGCAAGGUGGGGAGGGGCCUGGUGGAAUCUGGUGUGAGUCAGUCAGAUGCUGAGAACGCAGCCCCAUCUUGCCAAGAUGAAGCUGAUGCCCCGCCCCGCCGCCGUGGCAGACCUUCCAGAAGGUUCCUAGGGAAGAAAUACCGAAAGUACUACUACAAGUCUCCCAAGCCACUGCUCAGGCCUUAUCUGUGCCGCAUAUGUGGCUCGCGCUUCCUGUCCCACGAAGACCUUCGCUUCCACGUCAACUCCCAUGAGGCUGGUGACCCACAGCUCUUCAAGUGCCUGCAGUGCAGCUACCGCUCCCGCCGCUGGUCCUCACUCAAGGAGCACAUGUUCAACCAUGUGGGCAGCAAACCCUACAAGUGUGACGAAUGUAGCUACACCAGUGUCUACCGUAAGGAUGUCAUUCGACACGCGGCGGUGCACAGCCAGGACCGAAAGAAGAGGCCGGAUCCGACCCCAAAGCUGAGCUCUUUCCCUUGCCCAGUGUGCGGCCGUGUUUACCCCAUGCAGAAGAGACUGACCCAGCACAUGAAGACUCACAGCGCUGAGAAGCCACACAUGUGCGAUAAGUGUGGAAAGUCCUUUAAGAAGCGCUACACCUUCAAAAUGCACCUGCUCACACACAUCCAGGCUGUUGCCAACCGCAGAUUCAAGUGUGAGUUCUGCGAAUUUGUUUGUGAGGACAAGAAGGCACUGUUGAACCACCAGCUGUCCCACGUGAGCGACAAGCCCUUCAAAUGCAGCUUUUGUCCCUAUCGCACCUUCCGUGAGGACUUCCUGCUGUCUCAUGUCGCUGUCAAGCACACAGGAGCCAAGCCCUUUGCCUGUGAGUACUGCCACUUCAGCACUCGCCACAAGAAGAACCUGCGCCUACAUGUACGCUGCCGCCACGCAAACAGCUUUGAGGAGUGGGGACGGCGCCACCCGGAGGAGCCCCCGUCCCGCCGCCGCCCCUUCUUCUCUCUGCAACAGAUAGAAGAACUGAAGCAACAGCACAGUGCGGCCCCUGGCCCUCCCCUCAGCUCCUCAGGACCCGAGGCCCCCCAAGAACCAGCACCUUUCCAGUCACCUGAGACUCCCCCGCUACUCUGUCCUGAUGCCCUAGGUGGUGCCACAAUCAUCUACCAGCAAGGAGCCGAGGAACCCACUGCAGUGGCCACUCAGACAGCCUUGGAUCUGCUGUUGAACAUGAGCGCCCAACGAGAGCUGGGCGCCACAGCCUUGCAGGUGGCCGUGGUGAAGUCUGAGGGCAUGGAGGCAGAGCUGACAUCCACUGGUAGGCAGCCCUCCCCUGAAGACACCACUGCACAGGUGGUGACACUUCACAUGGCAGAGUCAGGGAGCAGUGUGGCAGCUGAGAGCCAGCUAGGCCCAUCUGACCUACAGCAGAUCGCCUUGCCACCUGGGCCAUUUGGUGGGGCCAGUUACAGCGUCAUCACGGCACCCUCAGUGGAGGGGAGGACGUCAGCCUCAGGCCCACCUUACAGGGAAGAAGCUCCAGGGGAGGCAGCCCAGGCUGUGGUUGUGAGCGACACCCUCAAGGAGGCUGGCACCCACUACAUCAUGGCAGCUGAUGGAACCCAGCUGCAUCACAUUGAGUUGACUGCUGAUGGCUCCAUCUCCUUCCCAAGCCCAGAUACUCUGGCCCCUGGAACCAAAUGGCCCCUGCUGCAGUGUGGAGGGCCACCCAGAGAUGGUCCCGAGGUUCUGUCUCCAACAAAGACCCACCAUGCGGGAGGCGCCCAGGGCUCUCCCACCCCGCCCCCUGCUGCCAACCACACCCUAGGCCUGGUCGUACCCCCCUCCCCACCGUCUAUAGCAGCUUCAUCAACAAAGAAGUUCUCCUGCAAGGUGUGCUCAGAGGCCUUCCCUAGCCGCGCAGAGAUGGAGAGUCACAAGCGGGCCCAUGCUGGGCCUGCUGCCUUCAAGUGCCCUGACUGCCCGUUCAGUGCUCGCCAGUGGCCCGAGGUCCGGGCUCACAUGGCACAGCACUCAAGCCUAAGGCCCCACCAGUGCAAUCAGUGCAGCUUCGCCUCCAAGAACAAGAAGGAUCUGAGGCGGCACAUGCUAACACAUACCAACGAGAAGCCUUUCUCAUGCCACGUCUGUGGGCAGCGUUUCAACAGGAAUGGACACCUCAAAUUCCACAUCCAGCGACUACACAGCAGCGAUGGGAGAAAGACGGGGACUUCUACAGCCCGAGCCCCAGCCCAGACCAUAAUCCUCAAUAGUGAAGAGGAGACACUGGCUACACUACACACUGCCUUCCAGUCCAGUCACGGGGUUCUGGGUACAGAACGGCUACAGCAAGCACUGAGCCAGGAGCACAUCAUUGUGGCUCAGGAACAGACAGUGACCAAUCAGGAGGAAGCUACCUACAUCCAGGAAAUCACGGCAGAUGGCCAGACGGUACAGCAUCUGGUGACCUCAGACAACCAGGUUCAGUACAUCAUCUCUCAGGACGGUGUCCAGCACUUACUGCCUCAGGAGUACGUUGUGGUCCCUGAUGGCCAUCAUAUCCAGGUCCAGGAAGGCCAGAUCACACACAUCCAGUAUGAGCAAGGUACUCCAUUCCUUCAGGAGUCCCAGAUCCAGUACGUACCCGUGUCCCCGAGCCAGCAGCUCGUCACCCAGGCUCAGCUUGAAGCUGCAGCACAUUCUGCCGUUACAGCGGUGGCCGAUGCUGCCAUGGCCCAGGCCCAGGGCCUGUUUGGCCCUGAGGAGGCAGUGCCGGACCACAUUCAGCAGCUGCAGCAUCAGGGCAUCGAGUACGACGUCAUAACCCUCUCGGAUGACUGAGCUCCAGAGGCCCAACGCUGACCGUGGAUAUCAGGCCCGCUCUCCUGCAGACUAGGGACUUUCCUGUCCGACCUAGGGCCUCCAGAUACUGGACAGUUAGUGUCUCUUGACUCCAAAGGAGCCAGACCUGUGCUCUUGGGGGGGCAACCAAGGGCUCCAGCUGGGACAUGCUGGGUGCCUCAGCCUGCUGGCAGGCUUGGAGAGAAAUUUAUUUUUGUUUUGAUGGACCCACUGGCUCCUGUCUCAAUAAAGGGACCAGAGUCCA